AUGAUCCGACCUGCGAUAGCCUCGCUAUCCUUGGGUGACCCCAAUGUGCACGACAUCUCGACACGACUGCGCGCAGCAGCACAAAAUGGGUUUCGCGGGAUCGAAGUCAUAGACACCGAUGUCGACGCGGCCGCAGAGAAGCUCCCUGCAGGACUGACGUAUGAAAACCGGCUGGAGGCCGCAAAGAACAUACGAAGGCUCUGCGAUGAGCUUGGCUUGACCGUGAUAGUCUUCCAACCAUUUCGGCAGUACGAGGGUCUGCUCGAUCGCAAACAGCAUGAAGCCAUGAUUGAGAAGCUUCGACUGUGGUUCGACAUUGUCAAGAUCUUGGGAAGCGACAUGAUUCAAGUGCCCACGAGUUGGUUGCAGGAGGGGACGACGGGCAACGAAGAAGCCCUCCUGGCUGAUUUCAGAGAAAUGGCCGACAUGGGCCUUGCAGAGCGCCCUGUAGUCCGAUUCGCAUAUGAGGGAGUAGCGUGGGGCAGAUAUAUCGAUACAUGGGAAGGCACAUGGGAAAUGGCAAAGAAGGUCGACAGACCUAACUUUGGGCUCUGCCGGGACACUUUCCACAUAGCUGGUCGAGUAUGGGCUGAUCCCACUGCACAGACAGGGCGCACUGACGACGCAGACCACGCUCUAGAGGCGUCUAUCGAGCGGUUGAUCACCGAGAUAGUUGUUGAAAAGGUGUUUUACGUCCAGGCUGGGGACGCAGAGAAGCUCGACCCGCCCCUGGGCGAGUCUCAUCCUUUUUACUCUGCCGACCAGCCUGCAAGAAUGAGCUGGUCACGAAAUGCGCGACUGUUCCCGUAUGAAGAAGAGAAGGGUGGCUAUCUCCCCAUCGAGCCCGUGAUAAAAGCCAUUGUCGACGAGUUGGGUUACGAUGGAUGGGUCAGCAUGGAGCUGUUCACGCAUGAACUGUCGCAGCCGGAUGCUCAGUUGCCAUCAAGGUACGCUGGUAGAGCUUCAGCAUCGUGGAGGAAGAUGACCGGAGCGUUAAGGCACUGA